UGCAGUGUGCGCUAUGAGCAGAAAGACUCACAUAAGAUAUGUGAAUAAAAAUUAAUUACUGCAUUUACCGCGGUCAUUGAUCUGUGCAUUUGCUGGAAAUCUGCUCAAAGUAUGCAGACUGUAGGGCCAUCUUCGAGCCCACGAUGUAGGUAUCGACAAGCAAUGUCUGGACUCUCGGUCUCUGACUGCCACCCGGAAUGGAUAUGAUGUGAAUCAUACACCUUCGAACAAGUGAAUCGUUUUAGGGGAGGGAAAGAAUGACUGGUUUCGUGCAAAUUCAACCCUUUCUCAAGAAUCCUUCAUUAAUGAGCUGUUCAAUCUUGUGCAGAGAUGAUUGUUUAAUGAAGAGGCCAUGGAGCAAUAGCAGAGAGACCCUUCUCACUCCUAAGAAGCGAAUCAAAUUCAGACACUCGGCUCCAACUGAAAAUGGAAGAAGAAUGACAUAUAGGAAGGGAAAUGGAAUUGUUUGCAACGGAUCUUUGUUUCCAGUGGAUCCAUGGGCGCCUACAGUCGAUUCAGAGAGCAUAGCUUCGCAGCUCUUUGCUUUCUCCCUGUUUCCUUAUCUGGGUUUCUUGUAUUUCAUCACCAAAUCAAAAUCUGCCCCAAAACUCACCCUUUUUGGAUUCUACUUCUUGCUUGCCUUCGUUGGCGCCACAAUACCUGCUGGAAUAUAUGCAAAGGUUCACUACGGAACAUCCUUGUCGAACGUCGAUUGGCUGCAUGGUGGAGCUGAGUCUAUGCUCACUCUCACCAACAUAUUCAUCGUCUUAGGUCUUAGGGAAGCUCUUAGAAAAGGUGAAGACAGAGAUGAAAGCACUUCAGACUCAACCCCAGGUGUCGAAGACAAGGAGAAGUCAUCUGUUUAGGUAGCAAAUGGUACACUUUUCGGUGCCUUGGUUGUCUCUUAGUUUGUACGUAACUUCAGUUAUAGAUUUUGAUUCCCCUUAUUAGACAAAGCAGGAGGUCUCCAUUUAGGUUCUCUCGUUGUGUACAUUCUUCUCCAAUUUUUGCAGGUUUCUUUUCACCCUCCACGUGUUGACAAUGGCUUUUCUCUUAAUCAGGUUUUGUACAUAAUUCCUCACUGUUUUGUUAGCAUUUUUAGAGGCCCUUCUUAAAUGUAUGUAAAGUAUUUGCAUAUAUAAUUUUAUAUAUGUUUGAACUACUUGCAUAUUAAUAGUUCUUCGAACAGGAA